CAAUCCGAGGAGGAGGAGGAGAGAGCAGCCUCCCGCAGCUGGCGAGGAGAAUGGGAGUGCGGGACGACAGACCACCGCGGGGUGUCACGGCCGCGGCCAAGCUUGCCAGGCGUGGGGCCGGCGCCCGGCGCUUUUAAACCCGGGAGGGCGCGGCGGCGGCGGGCGGAUCGCGGCGUGCGCUGGGCGCCGGGUGGCGGCCGAAUGGAGAGGAAGGGCUCGGCGGCCAAGGGGAACCCGAGCCCGCCGGCAGCCGGCGAGGCUCAACGGUCGCAGCCGCCUCUGUGCGUCCCGGGCGGCGGCGGAGGGACCCCGGCGCGGGGCCAGGGUGGCACGGCUGCGGAGCCAGCCGAGUUCAUCCGGCGAGCGCACGAGUUCAAGAGCCAAGGGGCGCAGUGCUACAAGGAUAAGAAAUUCCGCGAAGCCAUCGGCAAGUACCACAGGGCGUUGCUGGAGCUGAAGGGGCUGCUGCCGGCCUCCGGGGAACGGGAGCGGGACUCGCGCGCGGCCUUCCCGGCCGGGGCCCCCAACCCCGGGAGCCUCUCGGAGGAGCAGAGCAAGACGGUGGAAGCCAUCGAGAUCGACUGCUACAACAGCCUGGCAGCCUGCCUGCUCCAGGCUGAGCUGGUGAACUAUGAACGAGUCAAAGAGUACUGCCUCAAAGUCCUGAAGAAAGAAGGGGAGAAUUUCAAGGCGCUUUACCGGUCCGGUGUGGCCUUCUACCACCUUGGAGACUAUGACAAAGCACUCUACUACCUGAAAGAAGCAAGGACCCGACAGCCAACAGACACCAACGUGAUUCGAUAUAUCCAGCUGACGGAGAUGAAGCUCAGCAGAUGCUCCCAGAGAGAGAAGGAAGCCAUGUAACUGGAACACCUUUCUAGAGCCGAGCCUGACCCGGGACAUCCGGGCACCCCCUGGUGGAGAGCCCUUCCCAGGGUUCUGUUCCUUUCUCCCCACUUCCUCCUCCUAUCGCCCCUCAACUCUUUGUCUACCCCCAGUGUGAAAAGAAGGAGACGUGCAGAUUUGGAAUCUGGUGGGUUGCCCUGACAAGGGACAUCCUCUUUCCAGUAGGGCAGCCGCUGAGAGAGACCUAACUUCAGCGGGAACGGCUGGAGAGGACUGUCACAGGUUGGGAAUGCCAUUGCAGCUUUGACUUGGGCCAGUGCUUCUGGCAGAGGCAGAGCCUGGCAGGUGCACCAUCCCAAAGGCGUCAGGCACGGAGCCCACGGGCAGGACCCCUCCACAGCUUCCUGACAGACUGCAGCAUCUCAAGGCAACUGUGACCAAUUCAGGGAUGAGACAGACGCCAGAAGCGUUGGUUAAGCCAACAGAGUCUGAGAAUCUGUACACUGGAUUUCUGCACACACACCCGCUCCCCACCCCCAAGAACCUCAGGCCCUGCCUCCCCUCCCUCACUCGUUGUCUUGGUUUGUGCUUUCUCCUCUCCCACUUGGGGAUCUGAGGCUCUGCCAGGAUUCACAUGCCAUCGAAGCCCACUCUCAGUGCCCUCUGGUGACCACACAUACCAUUCUCCCAGACUCCCAGCCAGCAGGCAGCUGUGACAGCAGAAGGGCAGGGUAGAGUGGGCCAGGGGCUGACCACAUAGGGAUGGGGGGAGGGAGAGAUGAUAUCUAGGGGAAAGAGCAUUGUAUAGAUUGGGAGACUGAACUGCGGACGAAUUAAGUGUAAAUAAAAAUAAAUUAACAGGCAGCAGUUCCUGUCAUUUCUGUUGAAAGUGGCCCACUCCCUCACUUUUACUCCCUCCCGCAACCCUCAAUCAGAGCUGCUUGCAGCCAGGCAGGAUGGGGCUUCCCCCAAAGCAAUGGGCCAUUUGUGCAGUGGUGUACAAUGCUGGCUGCGCCUUUGUGCUUUUAGAGUAGGCUGGCAUUGUGGAGACUGCCCAGGGAUUUGGCUAUGUGGGAACUUGUAGCCUCUUCUUUGAUGAAAUUACCUGGACUCAAUAUCUAGCACAUAGAAUGUGUUCAACAAAUAUUUGUUGAAUGACUAAAUGGUGACUGCAGACUGGCUCUCCUGCCUUAAACUAAUUUCAUCCCAGCCUAGUCUCCUGAUACCUAUGCCCUUUUUGCGAUGCCAUGUUGCUUCCGUCAAAUAAGAGACAUUUACUGAGGGCUUCUUGUUUGCCUGUUGUUGUGCAGUUUGCCCUGGGACAUAGGAUGUAGUCCCAGUCUUCAAGGAGUUGGAAGAGUUGAGAAAUAGUCAUAGGAGAUUAUUACCAAUGAUACCUUUAAUUUAUAUGAUGCUUUAACAUUUUCAAAGCACUUUCAUGUAUUUUUUGUGUGAUCCGUGAGACAAUAUUGUACAAAUUAAAAUAUAUACAGAUGCAAUAAUAUUAAUAGUGAGCAUUAAAUGCACUAUCCUCAGAUCUUUACAUGUAUAAUCUCAUUUCUUUUGUGCAAUUACCCUACUAUUCCCAUCUGAUGGAUAAGAAAACUGAAAAAGAGAAAACUAGCCCAAUGUUGCAUGGCCUUAAGUGGCAUAGCUAGGAUUUGAACCGAGUCUGUCUGACUCCAGAGCUUCAGCUGUUAACUACUCUGUAGUUAGUUGCUGCCCUAAAAAGUAUAAUAUUGGGUAGUUACAACCAUUCAAAAGCAGGACAGUAUGUGUGACAAACCUUGACUACGUCAAUGAUGGUACGUGGGCUGCCUUUCAUAUUUUGCCCAAGGUGAAAAAUUGUCCCUAACACUUGACUCCCUAGUGGCGGAAAAGGCAGCUGAGACCCAGCAGUUAUUUCUGUGUAUUUUUUAUUCUCCUUGCUGAUGGGCCAGCACGUAUCCAAAUAAUCCACCUAGCAUUCCUCACCCCAUCCCCAGCUUUGGGGAAGAGUCACAAUUAUAGGUAGAGAUUGAAAGGAAACACGAAGUUCAUUCUGGGUUAUUUAUUUAAUCAGAGGCUCCAACACUGCAGGAUCCAAUCACUUCUGAGGGGCCCAGAAGCCAGCAGCACAGGUUAUAUUCACAUAGCUCCUCAAAGGCUUCCAACGGGGGCUGCAAGAAGGUGCUAGAAAUAACCAGGGGCCCCCAGUUUGUUGCCUAUAGCUCACCCUCUGGAGAAGGGAAAAAGGGAAAAAAGCUGUUACUGCUGCCACAUCCUCCCCCACCCCUACCAUGUCCUCCUCUCUGCCCUCUUCCUCCAAAAUGGUUUCACAGGACCCCAACUCAAAUCCACCCUGCAGCACACACAGUACAGGCAAACGUGCAAAACUCCCCUCUUCCUGAGGCUCCAGCCCAGAAAGUUUGUGAGUUGGCAGACUGCUUGUGAGGAUCUGAAGGAUGAAGAUGAGGUCAGAGGUGGCAUGCAGAACCAGUUCAAACCGGCAGGGUCUUCCUUUGGUCUUCGUGCCAUGAAGAAGGACUCAGAGUAACUAUUCGCAACGUGGAGCAGGAGAGGGGUCUUGCCUCACGGAGUGAGUUGGGGCAGGGCUGGACAGAUGGGGAUGAUAAGAUUGUUACCAUCCUUCCAAAGAAAAAAGUUGAAAACCAGAACUAGGUGAGGACAACCUCAUGGGACCUCAUAGAACAAGCCACCAGGUCUUCUGCUUGUCUGGUAACGUAGGUAUGCGUGCUGGGAACUCCAUUCACUGUGACCCAAAGUUAAAUGAUCCCAAAGAAAAAAGUUGCCUGGGACUUGUUUGAGAUGGUGGGACUGAACUUCCUGUGCGUUUGUCCAGAGACUUCAGAGAGCUGGUAGGCAACAUCAGCUCUGUUCCCUUUAACAAACCAUCAGCUUCCUUCUCCUCAUCCCUCCCCCAAACAGGGACUGUUAUUUAAUUACACGUUUUGUUUGCAGAUGUCACUGCUGAGCUAUACUUGGAGCGUUCAUCCUGGAUCUGACCUGCUUUGCCAUCUCCUGCUUGGACUUUUGUGAUAGACUCUUUGGGGAAAAAAAAUUAUACUUUUAUUGUAAUUAUUAUGAAAGCCUCACAUGUGUAUUGUAGAAAUAUGAGGGAAAAAAAAGAUAAAUUCCGCCCCAUAAUCCUACUACCGGAGACAGAUAUUGUUAUCCUUUUGGAUGUAUCUUUUGGUUGUUUUUGGUAUAAAUGUACACAUGCACAUGCAUUUUUUAAACAAAGAUUGGAUCAUACUGUACAUACUCUUUAAUAACUUACUUUUCAAAAGGUGUAUUUAUAUUGUAGAAUAUGUAAUGUAUACACAGGUACAAAAUUCAAGAAGUACAAAAAGAUCUGGAGUCAGAAGUAAAUCUCUUUCCUGCCCUGUCUGCCAGUCUCUAGUUUCUCUCCAGCUACUUGUAUAUCCUUUCAGAGACAGUUACGCAUUUUCAAAUGUAUGUAUCUAUUUUGUCACCAAUGGUAGCACAUGGGACACACUUUUUGCACCUUGUGCUACUUCUCCCACUAUAUCACGAACGUAACAUUUUUUGCUCGUCUCCCAAACUGUUUCAACAGCAUCCUCAUUAUAUGGGCGGACCCUCAUUUGGUAACCAAUCUUCCAAUAGUGAUUAUCUCAUUCGUUCCCAAUCUUUAUUGUAAAUAAUAUUGCAACAGACAUUCUUGUAGCUAAAUUUUGCACAUAUCUAGGACUAUUUCCUUAGGAUAAAAUCUGAGAAGGAUAUCGUUUGGCUAUCUUUAAGAAUUUUGAUAUAUUUUACCAACUGCCCUCCAGAGAGUUUGUACCAAAGCACUCUUCUAUUUGCAGGCUUGAGAGUGCCCUGUUCCCUGCACCCUCACCAUGGGUGGGUAUUAUCACUUACCAAAUCUUUACCAAUUUGAUAGGAAAAUAAUAGUAUAUCAAUGUUAUAUGAACUCACAAUUCUUUAUUAGUGAAUAGUAUCUUCAUAUGCUUAUUGACCAUUUGUAACUCCUUCUUUGUGAUUUUUCUAUUUAUUUGAUAUUGGUAUGUUUAUCUUUAUUAUCAAUAUGUAAUUUUGUUAAGAGUAUUAUUUUUGGCAAGAAACAUUGCCAAAUAUGCUUUCCAAGUGCUUUGCUUUCAAAUUUUGUUUAUGGUGCUUUUUGACAUACAUAAAUUCUUAAUUCUGCAAUUAGUUUGUUCCUCUGUUGCCAGCUUCUUCUGCCUACGGUUCAUCCUCUCACUUCUAUCAGAGUGGCCCUUCUAAAACACAAUCUGAUUAUGUCACUCCACAGCUUAGAAAUCUUUAAUGGCUCCUCAUCACUUUUAGGAUAAAGGCCAAACUCAGCAUAACACACAAGGUCUUUCAUGUGAUUUCUCCCACUGACACCUCCUGGUCCUCUUCCCAAGGUUCCCUACAUUCUACUGCUGCAUAGCUUCUUGUGAGUCCCCGAACCCAUUGUUCUUGGGUCUCUGGGCCUUUCCAUGCUGUUCCCUCUAUCUAGUUGGCUAUGCCUCACCCCUCCAAUCCACUCUUUGCCAUGCUAACUCCUAUAGGACUUGUUCAAGUCAUCACUGCUUGAAAGCCUUCCUUGACCCCUUAGUCUGCAUUCCAAACAACAUGAGUCUACCUCUGCCUAGCAUUUGCUACAAAUAAGAAUCAGAACUUCCUAUUUCUAUUUGUCCGGUCCACUAUCUGGAUGUUCCUCAAGGCAGACACGGUGGUUUAUUCAUCUUUGCAGCUAGAAUGCGUAGUACAAUGCCUGGCACCUACUAAGUGGCCAAUAAACAUUGCGCAUUGAACCUGGAAUGAAUGAUGGAUUCGGUGGCAAAUGUUACUUGAAGUAAGUGCAGGGCUCACUGGAUCUGGGCUUCUGAGGACUGAAGAAAUCCUAGGAGACUUGGGUUAGAAGAGAAGCUAUGUGCUCCAGUGCUGUGCUUUCCAAAACAUCAGAAUCACUUGAAGCAGCUUUUUAAAAAUACAUAAUCGCAGGCUGUGCCUUAGAUCCAUUGAAUCAUGGGGAUGACGCUCAAGAUACUAUAGUUUUUUAAUGUCCUGAAAAGUUUCCGCUGACCAGCCAGGUUAAGGAGCCACUGCUGAGGCAGACCAGCAGACAAUCAGAACACCCAGCUCCACUAUUUCAAAUCCUGUGACCUUUCGGCAUGGAUAUUUGGAGCUUUGUUUGAAUACCAGCUUUGAUGUCUACUAGCUGUGUGACCUUGGUGCAGUUGCUUGACUUCUCUGAUCCUCAUUUUCCUCACCUAUACAUGGCAUAAUGUCAUAUUACUUAAAAGGCUGUUGGGAGGAUUAAGAAGUACCUGUCUCCUAGCUCAGUACUUGGCACAGAGUAAGCAUGGAAUAAACAUUCAUUUCUUCCUCCCACCCUCCUCAGCCUCAGUUUCCUCAUUUAUAGUGUGGCUACCAAUACCUGUAUGUUUAUCUUCUGUAUUUCCCUACACUGCACUCUAGAAGAAAGUGAACUUCCAGCAGGCCCCUGGGUUACUCUCUGAUCAAAUAGAACAAGUAUAGAUACUUGGGGGUUAGGGGAGCAGAGGAAGCCCCAUACUCCAUUGCAUGCCUUCUCCAAGCACAUCAGACUCCACAGCAAUCGGUUGGAAUAAUUCUGAUGGUUUUCAGAACCAGGUGUUUCCUAGUCACACCCAAAGAUCAACACAGUUUUCUUUCUGCAGUUGCUCCCAGAGGCUAGCGGCUUCUGCGCUGCAAGGAGAAGGCAAUUGUCAGGGAAGAGGAUAGCCAUCGCCCACUCUCCUUCCAAUGCCAUGGUAUCCACAUCCUGUGCCUCAGAGCAGGGAAGACAAAACUGGCUGCAAGGCCAAAAUAGCUGAUCUGCAGCUGCUUAGAUUAAGGUGCCCCUGCUUCCCACUCCUGAUGCCUGCACUGUCUCUUCCUGCCAGCCCAGAGCGGGUGGCAGAGGCAGGGAAAAUGCAUUCAGUCCAUCAGGCGUGACAGAGUUCAAAUUACCAAGUCAGCAUGAAAAGUCCCCCUCUAAAUGGACUGAAAUUGGAUUCUGUAAAAAAACCACCCUCAGUGAGGCCCUUGGCUAUUCAUAUUUGCUAAGACAUGGAGAAGGGGGAGAAGGCAGAGGCCCCUGCAAAAUGUUGGGAAUCUCAGCUGUUCUGUUGAAUUGCUUGUCUGGAAGUAAGCCAACAAUUGAAAGCCAGAUUGGCCCUGUCUUCAACAUCUCACAGAAUAUUAGGGCUGGAAAGAAUCUUAAAGCUCAAUAGUUCAACCUCUCAACUUACAGAUGAGGGAUCAAGCCCAGAGAAGAUAAGUGACUUCUUCAAGGUCACACAAGCUAGUAAGUAACAAAGCCAGAACUAGAACUCACAUUAGUUUCCACAUCAGUUUUCUAACAACAAAAUUAAAUUCUACC